GAGAGCGGACGUGCGGACGUUCCCACUUCCGGGCGCUUGUUGUGUCUUUUGAGUUAUUACAGAGCUACAGUACUAAGCUUAUUUCAACGCCUAAUUUUAUGUAUUGUUACUCAUGGUUUAGUUUUUUAUGAACUUAUUGGAAGAAAAGCAAUAGUUUAGAGAAUACUGCUACUUCGUUUGCAAGCAACAUUUUACAAAAACCGUUACAAGCUCUCAGUUGCAGCCUAAUCUCUGGGGACACCAGGUGGUCUGAGACAUGUCCACUAUGGAGCCACCGCCAGUCGCCCUCAAGUGGGAUCCCAAGAACCUCGAGAUCAAAACACUAUCUGUGGAGAAAACUCUGGAGCCCCUCGUCAUACAGGUGACGACACUGGUAAACACAAAAGGACCAUCAAAAAAGAAGAAAGGUCGCUCAAAGCGGGCCCAUGUCCUGGUUGCUGCUGUAGAGCGGGCCACAGAGAACUUCAUCAAAAAGGGAGAAGAGAUCGCAACAGAGAACCCUGACAUUCAUCAAGAAAUGAUGGCAGCUGUAGAUGAAGUGCGGAAGACAGGAGAGGCCAUGAGCAAGGCCUCGCGUGAAUUUGCGGAGGACCCUUGCUCAUCGGUCAAGAGGGGUAACAUGGUGCGCUCAGCACGGAACCUCCUGUCUGCUGUCACUCGACUACUGAUCCUCGCUGACAUGGUGGAUGUGCACCGGCUGCUGAAAUCAUUGCGUGUGGUCGAGGAUGACUUGGACAAGGUCAAGAAUGCAUCCAGCCAGUCUGAGCUGAUGGAGUUCUUCCGAAACUUUGGUGUCAACACUGUUGAGCUGAUACAGCAGGCUGCACGCAGGCAGGCGGAGCUGAAGGACUCAAGGUUGCGAGAUGACCUUGCUGCUGCCAGGGCAGUGCUGAAGAAAAAUAGCAUGAUGCUUCUCACAGCCUCUAAGGUCUACAUUCGUCAUCCUGAGCUUUCAGCUGCCAAGGAGAACCGAGAUUUUGUGUUUCGGCAAGUGUGUGAAGCAGUCAACACAAUUGGCGACGUUGCACAAGGUCGUGCUGGUGCCCUAGUGCCAUCCUAUGAGGGCCCUGGCGAGUUAGCAGCGGCACUGGAUGAUUUUGAUGAGCGUGUUGUGCUGGAUCCACUCACCUACAACGAACUGCGCACCAGGCCAGCUUUGGAAGAGAGGCUGGAGAGUAUUAUCAGCGGAGCCGCCCUCAUGGCUGAUUCAUCAUGCACCCGUGAUGAGCGGCGGGAGCGCAUUGUGGCAGAAUGCAAUGCAGUUCGGCAGGCCCUGCAAGACCUAUUGGCUGAAUACAUGGCAAGUGCAGGCCGCAAGGAGGACUCCCUGGACAAGGCUGUGGAGCAGAUGGGGCGCAAGACGCGGGAUUUGCGGCGGCAGCUACGCAAGGCAGUCGUGGACCAUGUAUCGGAUUCGUUUCUCGAGACGCAGGUGCCUCUCCUAGUGCUGGUAGAGGCAGCACGUGCCGGGGACGAGCGGCAGGUCGAGGAAUAUGCGCGUGUGUUUGCCGAGCACGCCCACAAGCUGGUUGAAGUGGCCAGCCUGGCCUGCUCUAUGUCAAGCCACGAGGAUGGUGUGAAGAUGGUGCGGUGUGCGGCGGCCCACAUUGAGGGCCUCUGUCCACAAGUAGUGAAUGCAGCUCGUAUCCUUGCAGCACGGCCACGCUCUAAAGUGGCGCAGGAAAACAUGGACGCUUUUCGAGAUGCCUGGGAGACACAAGUGCGUCUGCUUACAGAAGCUGUUGAUGACAUUACCACCAUUGAUGAUUUCUUGGCUGUGUCAGAAAACCACAUUCUUGAAGAUGUCAACAAGUGCGUGCUGGCUCUGCAAGAGAAUGAUGCAGAUGCAUUGGACCGCACUGCUGGUGCCAUUCGAGGGCGUUCAGCCCGUGUGUGCAAUGUGGUAACUUCUGAGAUGGACAACUAUGAGCCAGGUAUCUACACGGAAAGAGUACUUGAGGCUGUGGCAGUGCUGAGAGACCAAGUUAUGCCAAACUUUGCCCAAAAGGUUGAGAUGGCAGUAGAAGCACUGAGCGCCAGUCCCCAGAAAGAAAUAGAUGAAAAUGAAUUUAUAGAUGCUUCCCGUCUAGUUUAUGAUGGUGUGCGGGAGAUUCGCCGUGCAGUGCUGAUGAAUAGGAGUGCAGAGGAGCUGGACUCGGAAACAGAGAUUGAGUACGAGGAUAACACCUAUGAAACACGCAGCAAAUCUAGUGCCCACACUGCCGACUAUGAUGAGUAUCCGGACAUCAGUGGCAUCAACAACACACGGGAUGCUUACCGCCUCGUGUCAGAAGAAGAGAAGCAGAAGAUUGCUGCUCAGGUGGAGACAUUCCGCACAGAGAAGAACAAGUUUGACCGCGAAGUGGCCAAAUGGGAUGACACCGGCAAUGAUAUCAUUGUGCUGGCUAAGCAGAUGUGCAUGAUUAUGAUGGAAAUGACAGAUUUCACUAGGGGCAAAGGGCCCUUGAAAACAACUAUGGACGUCAUCAACGCUGCAAAAAAGAUAUCAGAGUAUGGCACUAAACUGGACAAAUUGGCACGAACCAUUGCUGACCAGUGCCCAGAGUCGAGCACCAAGAAGGAUCUUAUUGCUUAUCUUCAGCGCAUAGCACUUUAUUGUCACCAGCUCAACAUCACCAGUAAAGUGAAAGCUGAUGUGCAGAACAUUUCUGGAAACCUCAUUGUCUCUGGGCUUGACAGUGCCACAUCUCUGAUUCAAGCUGCCAAAAACCUGAUGAAUGCAGUGGUGCUAACAGUGAAGGCAUCAUAUGUAGCAUCAAUGCAGUAUCCAAGAAGUGGCGUUGUGAGUUCACCAAUUGUUGUGUGGAAGAUGAAGGCACCUGAAAAGAAGCCUCUGGUUCGCCGGGAGAAGCCUGAAGAAGUCAGAGCUAAAGUACGCAAGGGCUCACAGAAAAAGAACAUCGCGCCCAUCAAAGCGCUCAGUGAGUUUCAGAGUCUGGCCGAAUCAGUCUGAGUGGCAUGCCCUCCCGCACGGCCUUUCCUUGUAGCCCCAUCCGGUGCUAGGUUGUGAACAGUCACACACGAGUGGUCACCUCCCCAAUAAACAGGAUCACCUUCCUUCACCAUGUGUAUGCACUGGCAUGCAUCCCAUUGUCCCUCUUUCUGCUCGAUUGUGUGCUGUUUGUGUGUGCUUUCUUGUCAAGUGCCCUUUCAUAACCAAGCUAGGGUUUCUAUUUGCAGCAUGAGUCACUACUGCUGUGGCUGUCACUGCUUUCUUGCCCGUUCGAGCGAAGGACGUGCUCUACUUUCUCCUAGCACUUCGUUAGUGGUUUAGAAACAGCUUCAUCUCUGUGUGGAAACAUGGUGGGCCCACUUCUGCAUCCAGUCUUGUAGCAAUUGCACCGAAUACCUUCCUGUACACACGAGAACUCCUGCUAGUGUCACCGAUUACACACUGUAACCCACUAAUGUUUUUAGCCACAGCUGCUACAAAUAAUAGCAUGAAUAUGCCGUGUGUUUCUUGCUUUCCUCUUUCUCUGUGGUGCUCUUGGGACAUGGCAGGGACUGCUUGUGUUCUUGAGGGGAGUUUUACUCGUGUACCUAACCACUACUUACUUACAAAUACUAAAGAUUACACUUCAGUGAAAUUAAUGUUUUGUUUGUACAUUAUAUAUUUAAGAGACACAUUUAUGUAUGGACAAUAACAAAUGUGUUCCAUUUGUGAUUAUGCUUUGUGAGAACUGCCAUGUGUUUUUUCACUUUUGUAUAAGCUCUUCCCAUGCACCCACUGUGCCUCUAAUGGGAAACUGGUGUUGUCCUUGGAUAGGCAGACUAAAUGCAGUUUUCUGGCUCAGUUGAAACAUGUCUCUGCCUUUAAGCUUGUACGAAAAGGGGGGGGGGGGGGGGGAGAUGCGACAUGAAAACUGCUUUGGUGUGCUUUAUCAAGGUUGUCACAAGUUUUAUUUACAAAGACGUGUACACUGAAAAUGAUAGCCUUUGUAGACUAUUUAAUAAAAGCCGCAAACAUUGUGAAAUCAAUUCCCUUUGUGUUUAUUCUGAAUAAAGAAAUGUGCACCUUUAUUUA